AUGUCUACUAAACCUACGUCAGGCGUUAGUUCGGACGUCAAUGAUAUCUCGAUUCCGAGUACCUGUAAAGCUGGCUGUGUUGAAAGUUUCGGACCAGACUUUCAGCUUGUGGUCAAGCAGGUAGCAGUUCCUGAACCAGGUCCCGAUGAUCUCCUGCUCCGCCUCAACGCAACUGGUGUUUGCUAUUCCGAUCUACACUAUAUGCUAGAAGAUCUUCCAAUGCCAAAGAUGAGUGAUUUCGGCACUCGUUCACCCGGACAUGAGGGGGCCGGAGUGGUCGUGAAAAUGGGUAGUGGUGUCAAAGGGUGGAAGAUCGGAGAUCGAGCAGGCGUGAAGCCUAUGAUGGAAGUUUGCUUAAACUGCGAGCGUUGUUGGGACCGGAAGGAGACGUAUUGUUCCAAAGCAGUCUCUACGGGUCUUAUGGUUAAUGGAACAUAUCAGCAAUAUUUAGUCAGCCCUGCUCGUUAUACAUCCCGUAUCCCAGACGAAGUGGAUGAUUUUACAGCUGGGCCACUUAUGUGCUCAGGUAGCACAAUGUAUCAAUGUCUACAAGAGGCUAGGCUGAAGCCUGGAAACUGGAUCGUCAUUACCGGUGCCGGUGGCGGUGUUGGACACAUGGGAGUCCAAAUCGCCCGAGCUAUGGGUAUGCGAGUUGUCGGUAUUGAUGGGGGCGAGGCGAAGAGAACCCUUUGCAUGCAGUUAGGCUGUGAAUCAUUCGUUGAUUUCGCCGAUCCAACAACUAAUGUCGUCGACGAGGUAUUAAAAACUACCGAUGGAGAGGGCGCACAUGGAGUUUUCGUAACCGCUGGGAGCCCUUCUGCGUAUCAAUCGGCGCCAAAGAUGCUGAGGAUAGGAGGCAAGAUAAUUUGUAUCGGACUGCCUCCCGCCGGAAGUACUAUUGCUGGAGCCGAUCCCGCCGAGUUUGUACUUCGAAAUAUAUCCAUUACAGGGUCCAUGGUUGGGGGCAUGCUUGCAACACAGCGGUGUCUUGAGCUAGCACAGAGAGGUCUGGUGAAACCAAUAUAUGAGAAAUUCUCAAUUGAUCAACUUCCAGAAGCAGUUAAUAAACUUCGCCGGGGACAGAUAGCUGGCAGGAAGAGGUAUAGCCGGACCUGA